AUGGCUGUUCGCGCGCAAUUCGAGAACUCGAACGAGGUCGGCGUUUUCUCUUGCCUGACAAAUGCCUACGCUAUCGUUGCGGUUGGUGCUUCGGAGAACUUCUACAGUGUCUUCGAAUCCGAACUCCAAGAUGUCAUUCCCAUCUGCCACGCAACCAUCGCCGGAACCCGCAUUGUCGGCCGUCUAAUCGUCGGUAACCGCAAAGGUCUCCUCGUCCCCACAACCACCACAGAUCAAGAAUUGCAACACCUGCGCAACACGCUUCCAGCCGAAGUCAAAAUCCAACGCAUAGAAGAGCGCCUCUCCGCGCUUGGCAAUGUUAUCUGCUGCAACGACCACGUCGCAAUCGUGCACCCGGAUCUGGAGCGUGAGACCGAGGAGAUCAUCGCCGACGUCCUCGGCGUAGAAGUCUUCCGCCAAACAGUAGCCGACAACGUCCUCACAGGCUCGUACAUGGCCCUCUCAAACCAAGGCGGAAUCGUGCACCCCAAGACCUCAAUCCGCGACCAGGACGAGCUCUCCUCGCUCCUGCAAGUCCCCCUCGUGGCCGGCAGUGUGAACCGCGGCUCUCCCGUCGUCGGCGCCGGCAUGGUCGUCAACGACUGGCUCGCCAUCACCGGUCUCGACACCACAGCCACCGAGCUGAGCGUUAUCGAGUCCGUGUUCCGACUCGGCGAGAUGGCGCCCGGUGGCGCCGCCGGGGCUGGUGUCAAUAAGGAUAGUAUUGUGGAGAGUUUCUACUAG